AUUUGAUACAAAUGUGAGUUAUUUUCCACUGAUUUAAACUGUUCAAACUAUGAAAUACAUUAGUAUGUGAACCAGUUGCUCAAAACACUAAUUUGACUCAAUAGAGGCAGUGAGCAUGUGAUCGUGUUUCCUGAGUAGGAUGUACUGUCAUUUUUUCUUGGCCAAUCAAACACAGUCUUGUAUUGUGAAAAAUGUAGAAAGGAUGAAGAUUGUUCUCAUUCAGCACAAUAAUUUCAACACGAUGACAUCUGCAAAGUUUAUCUUCUACCUGACAUGUUUGUCUUUGGGGAAAAUGGGUGAGUUGUGUUUUAGUGACUUCAGUUUGAAUCUUUUAAAGUGUGUGGCCACUCCUGAUGGCAUUGCUUCAGAUGAGUUGAUUCAUAGUAUGAAGUGUAAUCGCUUCUUCUCUUGUAUCGCUUCAGUUCAGACGACUGACCUGGAUUCCUCCUCAUCUGUUUAUCAAGGGAAUAGUUUUCUAUCAGUUCAAACAGGGGGAAACUUGACGUUGAAAUGUUUUCAUGAAGCCAGUUCAGCAGGAAGGGUUCACUGGUUUAAACACAUUCUGGGACAGAAACCGAGGCUCAUCUCAUCCUCCUACAGGUUAUCAAAAGUGACUUUUAAUGCUGAAUUCAAGAAUCCACGCUUCACAGUGGAUACUGAAAAUAAUCGGAAUCACUUGACGAUAACAGAUCUGCAAAUUAAAGACUCAGCUACUUACAAUUGUUUAAGAGGUAAUGCAUACAAAUUGGAUUUCUUGACGAUAACUACUGUCAGUGUACAGGGUUCUAGUUCAAACAUCCCAGCUUUGCUCCAUCAGUCACCAUCAGAGACCAUCCAGCCAGGAGGCUCUGUGACUCUGAACUGUACAGUACAAACUGGGACCUGUGAUGGACAACACAGUGUUUACUGGUUCAAAGACUCUGAAGAAUCUCAUCCAGCGCUCAUUUACACUGAUGGAGGCAGCACCGAUCAGUGUGAGAGGAAACCCAACACACAAACACACACCUGUGACUACAACCUGCCGAUGGAGAGCCUGAAUCUGUCUCAUGCUGGAACCUACUACUGUGCUGUUGCCUCGUGUGGACACAUUCUGUUUGGAAACGGGACCAAACUGGACUUUAAAGAUGAGAAGGACUCUCGUAUCUAUUUCUUGAGUGGAGCUCUAACUUUUACCAUCAUCCUUAAUGUCCUUCUGGUUUUCUUACUUUGCAUGAUGAACAAGAGAAACCGCUGUGAAGUUACAGAGUCUCAUGCAAGAUAUUCAGCUCCCUUCACACCAAAUACUGAGGGUGAACAAAAUGAAUCAAACAUCCAAUAUGCGGCGGUAAGAGAACAAAAGAUGAGCAGAUCUAGAAGACAAAGGAACAACCUUGAGACUGAAUGCACAUACUCAACUAUAAAGCAGUAGGAGUGUACGUGCUUCAAAGGGGUACCAAGCUGGCCUAUGAGACGCUGAGGUCAUUUUGUAAUUAUGUGUUGAAGCAGCAUGGGACUGUAACUGUAUGACUGAUAUCUCUAUAAAUCCAGGCUGUUUUAUGAAGAAAAGUAAAAACAACUGUAAAAAAGGGAUGACGUAGAGAACAGUUACAGGACUAAAAUCUGAACCACGAACAUACACAAACAUUCCAGAUGUAAUUAUUGUGAUUUAAAAAUCCUUUUGCACACAAUUUUAUAUGUGAAUAUGAAAUACUACCAAUUAUUUUAAGUGUAAUGUAAUAACUUCAUUGUAUAUUUGGCAGUGGUAAUAAAUGCAGAUGAUAAAUAGUCAA